AUGGAGGGUAAAAUUCACAAGAGGUACAAAGUGGUGAAGAACGAAGAUGUGAACCAUCGGUACACUAUCAACGACGUAGAGGUGUAUUUCCCCUACGAGCUGUACGACUGUCAGUAUAAUUACAUGUUGAGCGUUUUGAAUGCACUGAAGAAAAAGGAGAAUGCGAUUUUGGAGUCCCCUACUGGUACGGGGAAGACGCUCUGUCUGCUUUGCGCGAGUAUUAGCUACCUGGUAGACGUGUUGGAAAAGAAGGGAGCUUUCUCAGAAAAUAUAAACAUCACGGAAAAUAAGAAGAACAUAUCAUUAGAUUUUAAGGAAAAUGAAAAUAGCAGAAGUAGCCCACCUAAAGCUUCCCCCGCUAAUGACUUUCCCAAGAUAAUUUAUGCAUCUAGAACCCACAGUCAGUUGAAGCAAGUGAUAAAGGAGUUAAAAAAUGUAUACUUUAUUAAGAACAAUGAAAAGUAUAAACUUCUAACAACUAUUUUAGGUUCCAGAGAUCAGCUAUGUGUUCACAACAUUAACUACAACUAUAAGGGAACCAUGUUAAAUAAUAUGUGUAAGAGGGCGAGGAAGAAUGGGGAGUGCAUGUACCACAAUGGAUUGAAGUACCUGUACAAGUUAAAACAUUUAUUUACGAUUCCGAUGGAUGUCGAAACACUUAGUGAGAUAGGAAAAGGGAACUCGGUAGGACAGAAUAUUCAUUUUUGUCCAUUCUACGCAACGAGGGAAAUUCAAAAUGAAUGCCACGUAAUUCUGCUUCCAUAUAAUUACCUCUUCGAAGAAAGCACAAGGAAAAUUCUCAAGCUAAACUUAGAAAAUAGCAUCAUUAUAAUUGACGAAGGCCACAAUAUAGAAACUGUUGCAGAAGAGGCAGUGUCGUUCAAAAUUAAGGACUCAGACUUGAACCUGUUUCUGGAUGGCAUCAAGGCUACGUUAACUGUGUUAGACAAAGUGAAGGAUGUUGAUAAGGAAAUGAGAGAAAGAAUCAGUGUGGACGAAUUGUUCAAACUAAAUAGAAGCAUCACAGCGUUGAUCUCCUGGCUGGAGAAUGAAAGGUUGGAAAUAAGUGGGAAAAAUAAAAUUAAGGAAAAACAUAAGACCUAUGAAGGAAAAGAAAUUUUUGAUAUUUUUCAAAAAAAUAACAUAAAUAUAACAAAGGAUAAUUUUGAAAAAUUCCACACUUUGUUGACAUGCAUGGUGGAAUUACUGAAUAGAUAUAUUAACGAUUUUAAAAUCACUGCUAUGGAUGUUAAAAAUAUCAACAAGUAUAUUGCUACCAUUGAUAACAUACGUAAAUCCUUUAGCAUCCUGUUUAGCGAUGUAGUCCGGAAUUGCAUUGAAUACUUUCAAUUGUUCAUUAAUGAAGAGAAAGUACCCUAUACUGAAUGUGCUGAUGUAAGCAAAGUGUAUGAUAACAUGAAAAAAUUUACUAAAAGUAAAACCAAGAUUGUAUAUGAUAAGUAUAAUUACACCAUGAGCAAGAAUAUAUCACUUUUGUGCUUUUCCGCCACGGCAAGUUUAUGUGGAAUUUUAAAAGAAAAAGUGAAUUCGAUCAUUGUAACAUCGGGAACACUGUCUCCAAUUGAACCUUUUUCGAAGCAACUUAGCGGGAAUUAUUUCUCGUUCAAACAUAUUCUUGAAAAUGAUCAUGUAAUAAAAUCUCAUCAGCUUUUUGUUGGAUGCAUGACACAUUACAACAAUCAAAUUUUGCUCUCGACAUAUGAAAAUAGGAGCAAUGAUAAUUACAUCCAGGCGUUGGGGAAUUGUAUUUUCGACCUUAUUAUUUGCAUCCCUUACGGUGUGUUAAUUUUCUUUUCGUCGUACAGUUCUAUGACCGAAACGGUGAACGCUUGGAAAAAAUUUAAAAUUUUCGAAAAAAUAAAUUCAUACAAGACGAUUUUCGUGGAACCAAAUAAAGCAGCAGAGUUGAAGGACAUUCUACAACAGUACGAAUAUAUUAUCAAAAAAAAAAGAAAAGGAGCCAUUCUUAUGGGGGUCUGUAGAGGAAAAAUCUCCGAAGGAAUAGACUUCAAGGAUGACUGCUGUAGGGGAGUCAUUAUUUGUGGUUUGCCAUAUGGAAAUGUAUAUGACAGUAAAAUUAUUUUCAAGAAAGAAUUUCUAGACAAUUUUAAAUACGAAUUUUCUCCUCCAAAUGAUAUUCUAGGUGGGGAUAAUGGAGCGGGUGCCUUAUCAAACAACACGACUUUAUCGAACAUUUCCAAGGGGAAUAAAUGGUACAAUGAAGAAGCAAUGAGGUCUAUCAACCAAUCCAUUGGAAGAGUGAUUCGACACAAAAAUGACUACGGGUCUAUUUUCUUUUUAGAUUCCAGAUUUUCCAACAACCAGAGAAUUAAAGAAAUCUCCAAAUGGGUCAGAACUCACUUUCGCAUAUAUAGAGAUAUCGAACAAAUACAAAGUGACAUAGACAAAUUUUUUGAACUCUUUAAGGGGAUAGAACAGAAUAAUCUAGACGUAAGCGCUAGUGCAAGUGGAGGGGAAAAUACAAAAGGGGAGGGAGAUAGCAGCAGCGCUACUGGAAAUACAAAUAGCUAUAUGAAACAAAUCGGGAAGAAUUUUCAAGACUGUUAUAUCAAGAGCAGUAACAAUAAGACCAACAGGAACAAACACUCCAUGGCACAGAACAAAUUUGUCUUCAACCCAAUUAAGAAGAUGAAAAACCAACCGAAAAUACUUAGCAUGAUACAGAAUAUCACCAAAGGGAAAAAAGAGGAGAAGAGUAUUUUGGUCGAUGAUAACAAAGAACUUAACAUUUUUAAAAGUACUGAUGUGGUGGAUGAGGAAAAGGCACCUGGAGCUAAGCUCUCCAGCACCAAACUGGAAAACGCCAAAUCACUCAUAUCAUCCUUUAGGGAAAUUCUGUCGAAAGAAAUUUAUGAGCAGGUUUUCAAUCUCAUCAGGGAUACUAAAAGGAUGAGCGGCGAGAAUAAGUAUGAGUUGAUGAUUAGCAAAAUUUUGGAGCUAGUUGUUCAGAAUUUUGUUGAAGAAAGAAGAGAAGACUUGGGAGGGGGGAAAGUCGCCAAAGGAUCCCCUGAACAAGGCGAACAUGUCAAGGAGGACUCCCUCAAAGGAACAUAUGUCCAAUCAAGUGCAACAGCACACUUCAACGAUGUAAUGACCGCCGAUCAGUUGAAGGUCGUGUGGGGUAUGCUGGUGAACCUCAUUAACAAUUUCCUUCCAUCCCAAGAAAAGGAAAAGUGUUUUCUUCUCCUUCAGAAAAGGUUUAAGGAGAGGACCACUAAUUUUGAUGAUUUGGAGAAGUAUGUGUACAAUUAUAGGUUGGAAAAAAUUGAGAUGAUUUAG